AUGAGCCCCCCGGUGUCAAGCCCGGCCCGCGACCAGCGGCCCACGGUACGUCUGAACCAGGGGACGUACAUUGGCGCGACGCUCGCCGAACCCACGUUCCCCCGCAGCGUCGAUGCCUUCCUCGGUGUGCCUUACGCAACGUGCCAACGUCUUCGGCGUGCAGAGUUGCCCGGGGCUUCGCGGGAUACCUUUGACGCAUCAGACUACGGCCCGGCGUGCCCGACGGCUGACCCUUCGUUCCCGUCUGACGAGAACUGUCUCAAUGCCAACAUCUUCCGCUCGGUUACGGCAGGGCAUGAAGACGGUGUCCAGCAAGCUGUGGUGAAGAGGGGGAAAGUGCCCGUUCUUGUCUACUGCCACGGGGGCGCCUUCAACUUCGGCCGCGGAGGAGACAGGAACCUGGCUGCCUUCGUUGCCUUCGCGAAGCGUGACCUCGUCGCCGUGAGCUUUAACUACCGCCUCGGACCGCUGGGUUUCCUGCCCUGCGGUAUUGCCGCCGCCGAAGGCAUUGCGAACCUAGGGCUACUGGACCAGAGGACGCUGCUGCAGUGGGUCCAGCGGAACAUCGCCGCGUUUGGGGGUGACGAGAAGGACGUCACGGUCAUGGGCUUCAGCGCCGGUGCGCACUCGCUCGGCCAUCAUCUCCUCUCGCCGCCCUCCCGCGCCCUCUUCCGCCGCGCGAUCCUCGAGUCCGGCGCGCCCACGGCCCGCUCCGUCCUUUCGUCGGCGCAUCCCCGCCACGAAGCGCAAUUCGCCCAGUUCCUCGCCUGCGCCUCGCUCUCUGGCGUUUCGCCCCCGGAAAUCCUUCCCGCCCUGCGCUCCCUGCCCCUCCGGGCCCUCCUGCACGCCUCGCUGGCGACGUGGACCGAGUGCGCGCCCUCUGUGCAGUGGCCCUUCCAGCCCUCCGUCGACGGCGAUGCCACCGAGGACGGCAUAAUCCCAACCCUGCCCAUCGAGGCCUGGAGAUCCCCUUCCCUUCCUCCCCCGCCGCCCUUGAUCACCGGCUUUAACACCUCCGAAGGGACAAUGUUCGUCCCGGCGGCCGCGUCCUCACCCACUGCCCUAGCCGAUUUCUUCUCCGUCCUGAUCCCCGCUCUCACCCCGCGGGACCUCGAGCUCCUCGAGUCCCUCUACCCGCCCGCGUCCACCUAUCCUCCCCCGCCGACCCCGGCCCACGGACCUCAGUUCCGGCGGCUGGCGCAGGCGUAUGGCCACUACGGCUACAUCGCGCCGCUCCUCCACUCGGCGCACCUCGCCUCCCUCGCGGGCGCCCCAGUGUGGGUGUACGAGUACGCCGCGCACGCGGACCUCGCCGCCGCGAACCACGGCGACCACGUCCCCGCAGCCACGCACGACACUGAAGUCCUCUCCGCCCACACGACGCCCGGCCUCCUCGCCGUCUCAGACGCUAUGCAUGGAUACUGGUCAUCCUUUGCAACGGCCGGUGCCGCCGCCGCCAACGACGAUGACGCCGAUGACGCCGACGGGCCCAACGCACUCCCGAACACCAGCGGCGUCGCCUGGCCGCGCUUUGUAACCCCCUUUGGCGACGCAGGGGAUUCGGCCCCUCCGGGCUCGGCCCCGCAAGGCGCCGACGAGACGCCGCGCGGCCGCAUCCUGGUGUUUGGCGAGGGCAACGACGAGCUCAUGGGAGGGAGAGGGGAGCGGCGGAGGGGCGCCGUGGCGCGCGUGCGGACGCUGACGGGGCUCGAGAUAAGGCAGUUCCGGUUCUGGUGGGAUCGGGUUGGGUUGAGCGAGGGCAACGGGGGUUGCUGA